UUCUAACUCCUGGAAAAAAAACUGCAAAGCAACUUCUCAGAGUUUUUGUUGUUUUAGGCUUCAGCUAGAAUCCAUUUGAAAAGGAAGUGAAUGUAUUUGUAUCUUCUGGUGUAAUGAAAUACAGUAGCAGCUCUGUUUUUUUACAAGCGGUUUCUGCAGAAGCUCUGGGGUUGCUGAAGGGGAAGGAGCUGCUGCUUGUUUGGGUGGACUUUGGUUGUCAGUUACUGUUGUCAGUGUUAUGAUUUGAAUGAAUUACCAUGUGGUCUAUGGCCUUUGGGGAUUUUCAGUGGUUGGGUUUGAAACUUAACAUCUUUGCUUUGUUAUUUUGAUAUAUAAAGUGUACAGUUUCUCCGACUUGCCUUGGAUACUUGGUUGAUGCAUGAAGUUAAUGUGUUUUGUAAUGUCCUCAGAGUCCAGUAGGGCAGAGGUGACUCAGGGCACCACAGGCCUUGAAAUAUGUUUUAAAAAGUUGACUGAGCACACAUGUGAUGGUACAGCCUGAACUGGUGACCUGGUCAGUUGUGCUGCACUGCCUAAGGGUGAAAGGGACGUGAUGGGAGCCUUCAGAAUGAUGCAUUUCAUUCUUUGUUUAGAAGUCUUGACUGUGACCACUUGCAACUGUAUGGAACCUACAUUUUGGUUUUUGCUUUGUUUUCUUAGUUGCAUGUAGCUCUUUCAAAAACUGAAAUGCGAAAGGAAAGGAGAACAAGGAUGCUUGAUUUUGAAUGUAGAGACAGUAAGAUCAGUGUGUCUUAUAUUCUUGAACCAAUAAAAGUGUUUUCCAAAUCUGCAUAAGAAUAUCAACAACUUGGAUACCUGAAAUGGUCAGAAGGGUCACCACUAGUGCAUCUGCCGUCUUCAUAGUCUCUAAAUUGAAAGUGGAUGCGAGAUAAACAAUCAAAAGAAUAUAAUUUGAUCUCUGAUUCAAAAUAAUACCAGUAUACUUCCAAACACAGUAGAAUGAUUUCUAGAGAUUUAGCUGAAUAGUUACUUGUAUAUGUGUGUAGAGAGAGAAAAACACAUGUUAAAUAUGAAAUAAUGUACAGAGCAUACUGUAUGAAUUGCUUAAAGCUUUAGAAUAACUACUAGUUGGGUACAAGUCAACAGAUAAUUCUGGUCUAAGGUUGCCAUGGAAACAACCAGUGCUUGAUAUAAUUGAGAACAUCUUAAACCCUCCUGGUGUUUGCAUGCUUUUUUCCCCUGCCAUUUUGAGUUGCUUUAGACAUGAAUAGGUAGCAUUGGUCAGAACAGUAGUAGUUAAUGAGCAAAACCAAAUACCUGUGUCCUGAAUAUUGAUUUUGAUAUCCUACUGGUAUCUCGUGCUUUGUAGUUUUUUGCAUCACAAGGAGCUCAUAAGGAAGAGCAGCUCUCUGGAUUCUGUGUGCUCUCUUUCUGGUUAGUGUGUAAGUGUAUUUAGAGAUUGAAGCACUGAUUUGGUAGAGAUUAACAUAUUUCAUCAACUGUUGGAUUAAUAUUUGGAGCAAUAUGUUUCUGAAAACUAGCUCUUCAGCAUGAAUGUGAAAGAGUUCCUAGCCAAAGCCAAAGAAGACUUUUUAAGAAAAUGGGAAAGCCCCCCUCAGAAUACUGCUGGCCUAGAUGAUUUUGAGCGGCAAAAAACCCUUGGAACAGGAUCAUUUGGGAGAGUAAUGAUGGUGAAACAUAAAUCCACAGAACAGUAUUAUGCUAUGAAGAUACUGGACAAACAGAAGGUCGUCAAACUGAAGCAGAUAGAACACACACUGAAUGAGAAGAGGAUAUUACAAGCAGUGAACUUUCCUUUCCUUGUUAAACUGGAGUAUUCUUUUAAGGACAAUUCUAAUUUAUACAUGGUAAUGGAGUAUGUUCCUGGGGGAGAAAUGUUUUCACAUCUAAGAAGAAUCGGAAGGUUCAGUGAGCCACAUGCACGGUUUUAUGCAGCUCAGAUAGUGCUAACAUUUGAGUACCUCCAUUCAUUAGACCUCAUCUACAGAGAUCUAAAGCCUGAAAAUCUUUUAAUUGAUCAGCAAGGAUACAUCCAGGUCACGGACUUUGGCUUUGCAAAAAGAGUAAAAGGCAGAACUUGGACGUUAUGUGGGACUCCAGAAUACCUGGCACCUGAAAUAAUUCUCAGCAAGGGUUACAACAAGGCAGUGGAUUGGUGGGCACUAGGAGUGUUAAUCUAUGAAAUGGCAGCUGGAUAUCCCCCAUUCUUUGCAGAUCAACCCAUUCAAAUUUACGAGAAGAUUGUGUCUGGCAAGGUGAGGUUCCCAUCACACUUCAGUUCAGACCUAAAGGAUCUUCUAAGAAAUUUACUCCAGGUAGAUUUGACCAAAAGAUAUGGAAAUCUCAAGAAUGGUGUAAAUGACAUAAAGAAUCACAAGUGGUUUGCAACUACAGAUUGGAUUGCCAUUUAUCAGAGAAAGGUAGAAGCUCCAUUCAUACCAAAGUGCAGAGGUCCUGGAGAUACCAGCAACUUUGAUGACUAUGAAGAAGAAGAUAUUCGUGCUUCUCUAACAGAAAAAUGUGCAAAAGAAUUUGCUGAUUUUUAGUAGGAGUAAGAGGACAAGAUGACAUCAGGGCUCACAUUGGGAUCUUUGCACUCUGUUAACAGAUGAGGUGGAGCUGAGACCAUCAUAUGUCAAAACAGUUACCUAGUUACUUCAUUCCACAAAGCUGACUGAGGUCUUUUUUGCCAUCUUCCAUGUGUGCAGUUUGCACCAACCCUUCUAACUAGGCACAAUUAAGCAAGCACUGUUUGUGCAGUAACACAGAAUAAUAGACCACUUUCCUACUUAACUUUGGUUUCUGUCGUUCUUUGUUUCUGUGUAUUGUUCAUUUUCCCCCUUUGAAAUGAAGUAGUUUUUUACCCAAGAAUGCUCCAUUUUAUUUUGAAUAAUGUAUUAUUUGUGUGAGUGAAAUGGAAGGUGUUGCGGCUAGUGUGAUUUAGACUGAAGUGAAAGAUAAAUGUUGCUUCUAGUCUGUGCCAGCCAAUAAUUCAUGUCUGUCUUGUGUCUGAUGCUACAAUUUAUAAUAAUUUUUUAGUAGCUCAGACUAAACCUAGCCAACAUUUUUAGCAUUUUUGAAGGUAGUAUUUAUCGCCAUAUAAAUGUCUGCUAAAUUAACUUAAAAACAUUUCUUCCUGGAGGCUGACCAAAAUUCAGUAGAAUCAAUUGGAUGGCUUAAGUAGGGGACAGUAGCUAGACCCCGUGCCUUGGUUUUCUACAUCCCUGCAGUUUUCGUCACUGCCUCCUUCCUUUGUAUUUCCCACCUAGGCAGUAGGCAAGUUGCCAUAACCAGACUGUACCAUGGAAAGCUUGCAGUCUCAUGAGAGGGAGUAAUUCCAUCUGGUCUGGACUUUGGACCAUAUUAAACCAAGUCAACUUACCAGCAUUUCAGUUGGCAGGUGUGAAAUGGCUUGUUUAAGAUCAAGAACCCUAAACUCUUUAAGGAAAUUUUGGUCAGUACUGUAGAGAAUUCAUUUUGAUUCACCUUUUCUUCUUCUUUUUUUCUUAUUUUUUUUAAAGUAGCCAAUGUUUCGGCUCCCGAAGUAUUCCUUGCUUCAAGCCUUUUUUGAUUAAAAAAGGCAUCCAUUAGAAUAAAAACCAUCAUGCCACAGAAAGCAAAAUGCGCUCUGCCAUUAGCUAUGAAAAACAAAUGGUUUAGCAAAUGCAAAAUAAUGUUCUAGAUGCAUCGCUGGAUGAACACGGUUAUUUUUUGUUAGCUGUUAAGAAUAAGAGGUUAUUGCCAAGUUUUUAUUCUGGUAUACUAUAUUAGUAAACUGAGGAUGGAGUACUGCUACAAUCAUUUUCUUUUUAAUUACAGCACUUCAUUCAUGAAGAAAAGAGAUCAAGUUUAAAAACUGCAACAGCUGAGUUUAUUUUAGUUGUGUUGUGUCUUCAUUUCUAACCUACUUUCUUUCAAUCAAUCAGAAUGUAUGGUCACACAGAUACAAGUAUUUGGGUUUAAUUAUGUUUUGUAUACUCUCACCAACUGACUUAAAAGGUAUUGCUACCAUGUGCUAGCUUUGGGCACUUUUACACAUUUAUUUCAAUGUUAAUAAUCAGCGGCUCAGCACUUUUUUUGGGGUUGCUUUUAAACUUAUUCAUAGUAGUUUUAUUUGAACACUUGGUUCUGGCUGUCUCAGUGACCUGUCUUAAAACAGCACAUCUAAAAGUUUAAACUAGACUCAUGUUUUAUGAAAAAUUUACAUGCAUACAAGGAUGAAUUGUUUUUUUAAAAAACGAGCUAUAUUGAUACAUAGCCAUUGGAUUUGUUUGAAUGCCAGUGCAAAUAAACAGCUGGCUUUCCUUCCUUUUAAUCUGUACGACGCUCCUAAAAGAAAGGCCUUUGUAGACAUUUUACAAAAGAGUAUGAAACAUACCACCCAAUGUUCUGUCUGUUUAGGUUGUUGAGCAUUUUUGCACAACGUCAUUAGGAGGCUGACACUGAAUGCAGUCUUUGUCCACCCAUAUUUACAUACAUGCAAGAAAAGUAUAAGAUACUUUGCUGUAGCAAAUUUUAUGUAACAAAGAUAUAUCGUCACAUUAAUAAAUUUAAAGAAAUCCUUUGUAUGAAAAUGUUAAAAUCUUUUGUAUUUCAUUUAGACCAAGGACAUGCUGCUGUAUGCUAGCUGUAUGCGAUAAAUUCUACAGUAACUUUGUUGUCGUUUAUGAACUUUAAAAGAUUUUAAUAAAUGUUGAAGAUCACAAUUUGAUUCUGUUAUGAUUUUAAUUUUUAAUCAUUACAUUUAUAGUUCUAGAAAGGUUCAAAGAUUUUUCUGUUCUGUAAAAUACUGUAAUCAUUCAUCUUGCGUGUACAAUAAGACAAAAGUCUAGGAAAUUGGUUCUGACAUGUCUGUCUGAUAUCCAGAUUAAAUUCUACACGGGCAUAAGUGGAAAAGUCAUCAUAAUGCCAUGAUAUUAUGCUAUUUUUUAAUUUUAUGAAAAUCCUGUUAGAAAGUAAAACACUUUUCCAAUAUGGCAUAAUAGACUUCAGUAUGGAAAUGAGAUUCUAUUUUGGAAAAGGAGGGGAAGUGUGCAAUUUCCAAGGCAUUAGUGAGUACAUUUGACAAUGUGAGUAUUAUACAACCCUCUCAUUUAAACACAGUCAUGAAAUAUAACUACAGAAUAUUAUGUUACCUGUAUUUAAUUUGAAAAAUCCUUUUCACAAUAUGGAAAAAUUGUAUAUCUAUGACAGUAGAAGCUUGUUAAUUUUACACAUUUGAGGAAUUAAGUGUUGAACUAUAUGGUAUAUUUUAAUUGUACUCUAGUUGUAUGUAACUUUCAUUUCCAACAUAAAGGAUUGUAUCUCAUUAAGUAAAUUGCUUUUUUUAUUAUCUUGUCAGUUGCAUUAAAACCCUUAUUUUUAAAUCCUUUAAAGUAUUUUACUAAUUUUUGCAAAUAAUUAGAUGUUUUUAAGUGCUGCAAUAGUGUGCAAUAGUAAACAUUUAUAUACAGAAGUGCAAAUUAAAUUAUGUACAACACUUGUGCUGCUUCUUUGUGAAUCAGAAUGUUGUAUGAUGACAGUUGUUGCACCUCCCCAUGUGUGAGCAGAGUUUGAAAGCAAGAGGAAAAGGUUGUGAAACCCACUACACACAUGAGUUGGGGCACGGUAAGCUUUACACUAACUAGGGUGUCUGGAGAAGGUGAUGUGGAGAACAUUAAAGGCACUAUGAGAAGUCUUGGACUUCUUAGACAAUCAAAAGCAAGCAAGGUGAUCAUUAGCUUCAGUAUUGUUUGUCUUCAUUUUAUUUUCAUUCAGACUCAAUGCUUUUUAUUAAAGAUAAUUGCCUGUUUUUAAACUGUCUGCAGAUCCCGCUGUACAAACUUUGUGCUGUGUCUCAUUGUGCUGUGAAACAACUGAUAGAAGUAAAGACUGUUCAUAGUCUUGGCA